AAGUCAUAUAUAAUAUUUUCUUUUUUCAGCAUGUUUUUAAUCUAACAAUUUAUAAAGAAGAAUGUGCUUGAGGGAAAAUGAAUCUUGAUGAGAAUGUAGAGAUUAAAAAAAAUAAGCUUGUUUUCUUGGGAGAGCAAAGUGUAGGGAAAACUUCACUUAUCACACGAUAUAUGUAUGAUAGCUUCGACAGUACUUAUCAGGCAACAAUUGGUAUAGACUUUCUUUCCAAGACCUUGGUUGUUGGAGAAAAAAAGAUUCAUUUGCAAAUAUGGGAUACAGCUGGAACUGAGAGGUUCAGAAGUCUUAUACCUAAUUACAUUCGUGACUUAUCAGCUGCUGUUGCUGUUUAUGAUAUCACAAGUGUAUCAUCCUUUGACCAAGUUGAGAGAUCAAUAGACGAUGUCCGUAAAGAAAGAUCAGACGUUGUCAUAGUACUUUGCGGAAAUAAAACAGAUCUUACCGAGAAAAGGAGAGUAUCAAUGGAACAGGGGGCGCGCAGAGCAAAAGAACUUGGAGUCACAUUUAUGGAAGCAAGUGCGAAAACUGGUCAUAAUGUGAAAAAGUUAUUUCUGCAUAUUGCAUCGGCUUUAGUAAACGAAAGCAACAGCAAAAAGGAAAAAUCAAAACCGAUCAACAUUAUUGUUUCGCCUCAUACUGAAAAAUAUAUUGAUCCUGACAGCAGUUAUUGCGGUUGUUAGUCGUUUUUUUAUCCUUUUUGAAAAGAAAAUGUGUUUGUUUUUUUCUUUUUUGUUUUUUGUUUUUUUUUCUUAAAUAGAUUCUGUUUUUUAUCAAAAAAGUAAAUGUUUCAAGACUUUAUGUAUUAUUAAUAACCAAAAAAAAAAGCUAUAUAAACUUUAAUUAAACUUUAUAAACUAAAAAUUAAAAGUGUUUUAAAUAUAGGAGUUUUUUCUCCGCAUAGUAUAUAUUCGAAUAAAAUGAAUCUACAAGUAUAUAUUCAAAUAUAUAUUCGAAUAUAUUAUAUAUACAAAUAUAUAUUCGAAUACAUUUAAUGUAAAAAUUUUUUCUUUUUUUAAAAAAAAAAAUCUGUUUUAUUUGUGUAACGAAAUUAUAUCUGAGAGUUUUAUAUGUUUUUGUUAUGAGUUUUUAUGGAAGAUUAUUUUUAUUAUUUUAUUAAAAUUGCUGUCUUCUUUAAAUAAGCAGUAAUAGAUAUGUGUUUUUAUUUUGGAGCGUUUUAUAGUUUUAUAGUCAAAAAUUUAAACAGGUGUGAUAGAUGUUUAGAAAAAGUAAAUAUUAAUAUCAAAUUAGUAACUAAAAAUUUUCUUUAUUCGUUGCAACUUUAGUCAAACCUGUCUUUUUUUACAUUUAGAGCAAAUGUCAAAAGUUGUAUUUAUUGAUUUCAAGAAUGUUACAGCAAGAAUCUAA